UUGGCUGCGGCGGCGGAGGGAAGAGGCGGGGCGGCCGGGCGGGGUUCGGGCGGAGCGGAACGGCCGCGGUGGCGUCGGCGGUCCGCAGGAUUCUUUGGGCGCGUGGUGCGGAGGGAUACGUCGGUCGGACGGUGGGCCGGCCCGGCAUCAUGGCCUCGGAGCUGGAGAGCCUCAACCCCGGGCAGCGCAUCAUGACCUUCCGCCCCACCAUGGAGGAGUUCCGCGACUUCAGCCGCUACAUCGCCUACGUGGAGUCGCAGGGCGCGCACCGCGCCGGCCUGGCCAAGAUCGUGCCGCCUAAGGAGUGGAAGCCGCGGCAGUGCUACGAUGACAUCGACGAGCUCGUCAUCCCCGCGCCCAUCCAGCAGGUGGUGACGGGGCAGUCCGGGCUCUUCACGCAGUACAACAUCCAGAAGAAGGCCAUGACGGUCCGCGAGUUCCGCAGGAUCGCCAACAGUGACAAGUACUGCACACCCCGGUACACGGACUUUGAAGACCUUGAACGAAAGUACUGGAAGAACCUUACGUUCAAUGCCCCCAUCUACGGGGCUGACGUUAAUGGCACGCUCUACGACAAGCAUGUAGAUGCGUGGAAUAUUGGCAGAUUGAACACAAUCCUGGAUAUUGUGGAGAAUGAAAGUGGCAUAACCAUUGAAGGAGUGAAUACUCCUUACCUGUAUUUUGGCAUGUGGAAAACUUCCUUUGCUUGGCACACCGAGGACAUGGAUCUCUACAGUAUUAAUUACUUGCAUUUUGGGGAACCCAAGUCAUGGUACUCCAUCCCUCCAGAGCAUGGAAAGAGGCUGGAGAGACUUGCAAAAGGUUUUUUCCCAGGAAGUGCCCAAAGCUGUGAAGCAUUUCUCCGUCACAAGAUGACUCUCAUCUCCCCAUCAAUUCUGAAGAAAUAUGGAAUUCCAUUUGAUAAGGUGACACAGGAGGCUGGAGAGUUCAUGAUAACCUUUCCUUAUAGCUAUCAUGCUGGCUUUAACCACGGCUUCAACUGUGCUGAAUCUACCAACUUUGCUACUCUUCGCUGGAUUGAGUACGGGAAGCAGUCGGUGCUGUGCUCAUGUCGGAAGGACAUGGUGAAGAUCUCCAUGGAUGUGUUUGUGAGGAAGUACCAGCCAGAUCGUUACAAGCUUUGGAAAGCUGGGAAAGACGUGACUGUCAUUGACCAUGCUCUUCCAACCCCAGAGGCAGCAGAGUUCCUUAAAGGGGAUCUCAUGCAAAAAGUCAAGAGUGGGAAACAGUGUGCUGAGGAGAUGGAAACAGAAGAGACAUGUAAAGAGGAGGUGGAUGGGGAUGAGACAAAAAGCAUCCCCAAGCACCGCAUAGGAACAAAAAGGCACAGGGUCUGCCUGGAAGUGCCUCAGGAGGUGAGUGAGAGUGAGGCCUUCCCCAAGGAGGAGCUGAGCUCCACACAGUAUGAAGCAGACAUGGCAGAGCCUCGUGAGAGGCCUACGAGUGAAUUCGUGCAGCAAGGUGAACAAAGGAUCAAACUUCCAGAUCGUGUGGACUCAGCCAAAUUUGAAGAAUUGAAACCGGUGAAGCUUGAGGAAGAAGAGCAAGAAGCAGCUGCACUGGAUCUCUCCAUUUCACAUGCUUCAAAUUCCACUUCAGUGUUGCCAGCUUCAAAGCAGAGUGCUACAUCCAGUGCUCAGUCCAGCUCACCUUGCUAUUCUUCAGACUCGGAAUCGUCGGAUCUGUUGGCAAAGCGAACUCUCCCUGGGCCAGCCGGGGUGUUCACGGUGCACAGCUACGCCAAGGGCGAUGCCAGCGGCUCCGACAGUGAGCAGACCCCAGGGAAGAAAGCCAGUGCCAGCUCCAGUGUCAGUGAGCAAGAACUGACAGAGGUGGGAAAGGAGUACGUAAGCUCCGUGAAGGAGAGUAAGAAGUCCAAGGGCCGUCGCCAGCCGUUGAGCAAACUGCCCCGUCAUCACCCGCUCCUGGUGAAAGACUGCAUCAGUGAUGAUGAGGCAUCAGAGCAGCUAACUCCUGAAGAAGAGGCUGAGGAGACAGAAGCAUGGGCCAAGCCACUGAGCCAGCUGUGGCAGAAUCGGCCACCAAACUUUGAGGCUGAAAAAGAAUACAAUCGCACCAUGGCCCAGCAGCCCCCAUACUGUGCUGUUUGUAUGCUCUUCCAGGCGUAUCAGGCGGAAUGUGAGGGCAGCAGUCAAAACUCCGGAGUGACUCCAGCUGCUGCAGAUGGGAAGAUCCGAACUAAACCCCUGAUUCCUGAAAUGUGCUUUACUGCAACUGGCUGCAGCACUGACCUCAAUCUCUCCACUCCCUACCUGGAGGAAGAUGGAACCAGUGUACUCAUCACCUGCAAGAACUGCCAUGUCUGUGUUCAUGCGAGUUGUUAUGGUGUAUCCCCUGACAAGGCCACUGAAGACUGGAUGUGCUCCCGGUGUACAGAAAAUGCAUUAGAAGAGGACUGCUGUUUGUGUUCCUUACGAGGAGGAGCGUUGCAGAGAGCCAAUGAUGACAAAUGGGUUCAUGUGAUGUGUGCUGUGGCUGUACUGGAGGCAAAAUUUGUGAACAUCGCAGAGCGGAGUCCUGUAGAUGUUGGCAAAAUCCCCCUGCAACGUUUCAGACUGAAAUGCAUCUUCUGCAAGAAAAGGAGAAAGAGAAUUGCAGGUUGCUGUGUACAGUGUUCACAUGGCCGAUGUCCCACAUCCUUUCAUGUCAGCUGUGCCCAAGCAGCAGGAGUCAUGAUGCAGCCUGAUGACUGGCCAUUUGUUGUCUUCAUUACCUGCUUCAGGCAUAAGACUCCAUCUCAGGCUGAGCGAGCAAAGGCUGCACUCCAGGAUCUGUCCCCUGGACAGAUAGUCAUCAGUAAGCACAAGAAUGGUCGCUUCUAUCAAUGUGAAGUGGUCAGCCUUGCAAAGGAGACUUUCUACGAGGUCAACUUUGAUGAUGGCUCCUUCAGCGAUAACCUGUACCCAGAGGACAUUGUGAGUCGAGAUUGUCUUCAAUUAGGUCCCCCUGCUGAAGGGGAAGUCGUGCAGGUGAGAUGGACAGAUGGACAAGUUUAUGGAGCGAAGUUUGUUGCAUCACACGCAAUCCAGAUGUACCAGGUGGAAUUUGAAGAUGGGUCACAGCUGAUGGUGAAAAGGGAUGAUGUAUACACUCUUGAAGAGGAGCUUCCUAAGAGAGUGAAGUCAAGGCUGUCAAUCGCUUCAGAUAUGCGCUUCACAGAGAUCUUCGAGGAGAAGGAGGUCAGUCAAGAGAGGAAGAGACAAAGAGUGAUCAAUUCACGCUACCGUGAAGAUUAUAUUGAACCUGCCUUGUACCGGGCCAUCAUGGAGUAAACACUGCCUGUGGCAGAGGAAGAAGAUGCCCACCUCCCCCAAGGAUUUAAACGUUCCAGUACAACAGGCCAUAUUUGGAUGCUUUGAA